AUGCAAACGAUGAAAAAACCUAAAAAACGCGGCUUAGGAGACAGCUUUAAGGAAAAACAGAUACUUCCAGGUACUCUUCUAAAAAACGACCCAGUUUGCCAAACAAGAAAAAAAACUGCAGCAUCAUUUUCCACAGAUGUACCAAACUUCCAGGACGGCACUAUUGUUUUUUUUCGUAUUGCAUCUAGUCAAAUCCUGUCAUCAUCGGAUCUGAAUUGCAAUUUUAACAACGUUUGUCAGUGGAGAAACGCUACCAACGGUGAACAAGACGAUGGCGACUUUGUGGUUUCUAAUCAUCUCGUUUUUGAUCUACAGCGCAUCACUGCGAAGGACAACGAUAUAGGUGAUUUGAAAUUUUGUAGCAUUAAGUCAACUAUAAAUUACGAACACUGCCAGUUGGGUGGUGCGGUUUUAAAGCUGUGGUACUACAGAACAGGUGUUAGGACCACUCUUGAAGCCUGUAUCCGUCAACCACCAGGGAGCCUGCUUGUAACAGCUCAAAAAUGCUUCCCGUUGUUUGUGGGGAAUCAUAUAAGACAAUGGCUUUAUGGUGCAGUAGAAUUUCCGCCGAUUUCGCAACCAUUUGAACUUAUCAUCAAAGCAACGUUUAUCCAACCUAACGAUAUCGUGGUGAUUGAUGACAUUAUUUACGACGCCAUUCUUUGCGGUAUGUUUUUUGCAUGA